CAUGCCCUUUCCCCUUGCGAUUGCUUUGACUGCAGUCUUUGCAAAGCUGAAGCCUGAUUAUGUAUGCAGGGUGCAAUGGUAGUUCAUGUAGACCUAGUACCUACGGCUUCGCGUCCACCGUGUCGCUCCACCGGCUGGAUGGCUGCAGGCUGUGCCUGUCGAUGUCACAUACUACCCUGGUCUGGUUGAUUCUUACUGGUUUCUUGAAGGUUAUGGCUGUGAAGAUAAGCUUGUUUCUAUCACUCAGGGCGUACUUUCAAUGCAAUCUGUAACUUCUUAGUGCCCAGUGGGUUGUCUUGUGGAUCACGUAGAGACUGAAUAGCAAGUGGUGAUGAUUGUGAGGAUGUUUCGAAGGGCGAUUGGGUUUGUGCGGUGGUCGCUCCUUCGUACUCUGCUGGCACUACUCCUCUUCUCACUGUACGUGUGGUUCUCUGUCAUAUCCUACCUGUUCCUGUACCAAUCGAUUGUACCACCCGUGCAACAUGUGGCCCCUGUCCACUUCGAAUUCGACACACACUGUGACGCAUCGGUGUGUUCCUUUCCGACAGCCACUAUACAACUGAAGAAGGAUGGAGUGAACGUACUUGCCAAGAACCAGCUCUAUGAUGUCAAGGUCAACCUAGAAGUUCCAGAAUCUGACGUCAACCGAGGGAUUGGCAUGUUCAUGGUCAACUUGUCAUUUUAUGAUGAUGAGAAGGCCCUGCGCUGGAGCUCUGCUAGAACAGCAAUUCUCCGCUACCGCUCUCCUUUGUUGUCCACCCUGCGCCUGCUCUUCUACAUCUUCCCAAUGCUGUUUGGGUUCCUGGAGGAGUCCCAGUGGCUUCUUAUCGUGUUUGCAGACAACUUCACAGACACCUCGCCCGGUAGUGGUUUCAAAUACGCCGAGGUGGUUGUCGGUACGAAACAACUUCAGGUCUAUUCGGCUAGUCUAGUCCUGGAUGCACGUUUCUCCGGCGUCAGGUAUAUGAUGUACUACUGGCCAGUGAUAAGCGCGGCUGUGUACAUUGCAAGCGUCAUGUGGUUCCUGUGCACAGUCUCUGCACUCAUCUUGUUCCACUUGUUCGGUUUCCGCCUGCCCAUCUCACUACCUGCACUCCCGGGAGCUGACGAUGACGACGAUGAAGACGGUGAAGGUAAUCAAGACCAGGCAAACGGCGGUGGCGCUCCUGCAGCCGAUGCUGGUGCCGUUGCUGGUGAAGGGGCUCAGCAAAGGCGAGCAGGGGAUAAUGAUGAUGUGGCGCGGCAGUUGGAAGGCAGACAGCGUCGACGGGCAGGUCCAGGAGGGCUGCUCAUUGGCCAGGCUAUCAGUGACGAAGAGCCGGAGCAACUCGGAGCAUUGCAUCCUCUACACGAACCGGAUGACGACAAUGAUGCCGAUGUCGAUACUGACACCGACCCAAACGGUGCUGAUGGCGAAGGCGACGGUGGCCAAAACGCAGGCAAUGACCGUGAUAGUGACAGAGGCGACGCGGCCGUCGGUGCUGCUGGUGCUGAUAGCGAUGGUGACGGUGUGGACGAGUAUGGUGCCCCCAGAGUACUUGGCCUGCAGCAUGCACACGCCGAUAUUGAUGCUGGCCAUGAUACUAAUAGCGACGAUGAGAGCGGUGAUGAUGAUGAUGAUGAUGAGAGUGAUGGUCUGAACGAUAUCGUCUUGCUGGCCGUGGAGAGAGGAGCGCGCGGUGCAGAUGGUCAGGGAGGAGAAGCACGGCGGCGUCAUGCAUAACACCGUGAGUAGUACGUACGCCAAUGCAAUGGCAUGCCUUACUGGUGACACGGCAUGCUCUUGAUUCUUGUCUUGUCCAGUUUAGUCAAGCAUAUUCCUGGCAUCUUUCUUGUCUGGACUUGAUUUAGCUCUUUGGUGUGUGCAUUCAUUGUGCAAGAUAGCUUCCUGCUGGUCGGGGAGUUGAAAACAUUUUCAUGUGCAAAUUUUGUAUCCACUGUUUCACAGAUUUAUCCACAUCUCCACAUUUUUACUUUGCUCAUAUCAUACUACCAGGCCACCACAGCCACGACCACGACCACAAUAAAUCCUGAACUUGCUCAUAUGGAAACAAAGUCCUACUAUUUUUUUUAUUUGUCAUUAGCUCUCCUUCUCUAGUCUCGAUGCGGAGCUGCCCUUCAUGCUGUGCCAUGCUCUAUGAAAAUCUUACCCGUUAUUUUAUUCAUCACUUGCAAACGGGAAAAGUCUGAAGAAAAAGAUUUAACUGUCA